GACUACUGCGAUGUGUACCUCACACACGACUCGAUGAGCGUCCGCAAAGCUCACAACAGCGGAAGGAAUCACCUGCGAAAUGUCGUAGACUACUACCAACAAAUCGGCCACGAGAAAGCCCAGUCCGUCAUCGACUCGAUCACAUCCUCCUAUGCGGCAGAAGGUCAAUCCUCAUCCAACCCUAUGCUCGGUCAAAACCCUGGCCUCAACCCACCUCCCCCAUUCGCAUUCCCAGGCGGUACGUCUUCUCCUUCUCCUCCUUUUCAGGCCCUUCUAACGCAGCUUUUAGGCGUCCCACCACCCCCCUUUGGUAUGCCCGGUAUGCCGCCAAUCCCCGGAAUGCCUCUGCCAGGCGGUCUCCCGAUUCCACCACCAGGCGGCCGUGGAAUGCCAAUGCCACCGUUCCCUGGCGGUCCAAUGCCUCCUCUCCCCCAGGGCAUGCAAUUCCCACCCCCGGGCGGCCUUCCUCCGAAUUUCCAGUUUCCGCCACUGCCGGGUGGGUUCCAGCCCCCGCCUGGAUUCCCGCCGCUUCCUGGUGCUCCUGGGUUUGAUGCGCAGAAUCAGGGGCAGCAAGGCGGUCAAGGUCAGGGGCAGGGUCAGAAUGAUAGACGAUGA